AUGGAUAACGUCCUCUCGGUGGACUCAGACCUUUUCCCAAACAUCUCCACUAACACCUCAGAGCCCAACCAGUUCGUGCAGCCGGCCUGGCAAAUUGUCCUUUGGGCAGCUGCCUACACGGUUAUCGUGGUGACCUCUGUGGUGGGCAACGUGGUGGUGAUGUGGAUAAUCUUGGCCCACAAGAGAAUGAGGACCGUGACCAACUAUUUCCUGGUGAACCUGGCCUUUGCGGAGGCCUCCAUGGCUGCGUUCAAUACAGUGGUGAACUUCACCUACGCUGUCCAUAACGAGUGGUACUAUGGCCUGUUCUACUGCAAGUUCCACAACUUCUUCCCCAUCGCGGCUGUCUUCGCCAGUAUCUACUCCAUGACGGCAGUGGCCUUCGAUAGGUACAUGGCCAUCAUCCAUCCCCUCCAGCCCCGGCUAUCGGCCACAGCUACCAAAGUGGUCAUCUGUGUUAUCUGGGUCCUGGCUCUGCUGCUGGCUUUCCCCCAGGGCUACUACUCAACCACGAAGACCAUGCCCAACAGAGUCGUGUGCAUGAUCGAGUGGCCGGAGCAUCCCGACAAGAUUUAUGAGAAAGUGUACCACAUCUGUGUGACUGUGCUGAUCUACUUCCUCCCCCUGCUGGUGAUCGGCUAUGCAUACACAGUGGUGGGAAUCACCCUUUGGGCCAGCGAGAUCCCCGGGGACUCCUCUGACCGUUACCACGAGCAAGUCUCUGCCAAGCGCAAGGUGGUCAAAAUGAUGAUCAUCGUGGUGUGCACCUUUGCCAUCUGCUGGCUGCCCUUCCACAUCUUCUUCCUCCUGCCCUAUAUCAACCCGGAUCUCUACCUGGAGAAGUUUAUUCAGCAGGUCUACCUGGCCAUCAUGUGGCUGGCCAUGAGCUCCACCAUGUACAACCCUAUCAUCUACUGCUGCCUCAAUGACAGGUGA